AUGGAGGUACCUGUAGUUCCAAUGGAGGAUGAGGAUGCCCUCCUGGAAGGGAUAGGAGGUGAUUCCUCAAUCUCUCCAGCGUACGGGACUCCCGAGGAAGUCGUGCAGCCCUCAACCCCACCCUGCACCUCGACAUGGCCGGCAACUCCAACUCCCCCCACCCCGUGCUGGGUUCAGGAGAGGGGCCUCAUGGAGGCUUGGGGAGCAGCUUCCGCCAAACCACACAGCCCUCCUGAGGUUGCGAGUAGGAUCCCAGCUGCCUAUCGUCGACCUCCGACAUCUCCUCACCCAACUGCCACGGCUAAUUCUGAAGUGCCUGAGGUGAUGGAACUUUCCUCCGAGGAGGAGGAAGAAGGAACACCACUCCCACCGCCUAUCUGCCCGACUGCAGACGGGGCCUCACCCUCGUGA